CAAAAAGCCAGAAAUCACCAUUUAUCUUCUUCAUCAUCUUCUCUUUUAUUGUACUCCACUUGGAGAUAUCAAAUGAUAUUUUUUCUCAUUUUCAGCCUCAAACGUUAACAAGCGCCCACUUCAUCUGCUCAAAGAAAAAAAAAAGAAGAAGAAGAAGGACAAAUAAAAGAUGGUUUCAAAUUCUCCUCCACAACCAAAAGAAAUUCCAUCAAACGAAAAAUGUGAGAACGGUCCUCGCCGCAAGGCCAAAUGGUGGUACUCGACUUUUCACACGGUCACGGCCAUGGUUGGAGCCGGUGUACUCAGCUUGCCUUAUGCCAUGGCUUACUUAGGAUGGGGACCAGGAACGGUCGUGAUGGUACUGUCAUGGUGCAUCACGUUGAAUACCAUGUGGCAAAUGACCCAAUUGCACGAGUGUGUGCCAGGUGUCCGGUUUGAUAGGUACAUCGAUUUGGGCCGGCACGCAUUUGGGCCGGGCCUAGGGGCAUGGAUCGUGCUCCCCCAGCAGCUCAUUGUGCAAGUGGGCUGUGAUAUCGUGUACAUGGUGACCGGAGGUAAGUGUCUCAUGAAGUUCAUGGAGAUUGCGUGCGCCAAUUGCAAGCCCAUUAGGCAGUCUUAUUGGAUUUGCGUCUUUGGUGGGCUUCAUCUUUUCCUGUCUCAGCUGCCGGAUUUCAAUUCCGUGUCCGCUGUCUCGUUGGCGGCUGCGGUUAUGUCGCUAUGCUACUCAACCAUAGCUUGGGUGGGAAGCCUAAGUAAAGGCCGGUCCCCAAACGUGAGCUACGCGUACAAGAAAACCAGUGGUGUCGAUUCCAUGUUCCGAAUUUUCAAUGCAUUGGGCGAAAUCACUUUUGCGUACGCGGGCCACGCGGUUGCCCUCGAGAUCCAAGCAACCAUACCUUCAACUCCCGAGAAGCCCUCUAAAGUGCCCAUGUGGAAAGGGGCCGUCUUAGCCUAUAUUAUAAACGCCAUUUGCUAUUUUCCGGUGGCCAUUAUUGGAUAUUGGGCUUUCGGGCGAGAUGUGGCCGAUAAUGUGCUUGUCGCGCUCGAGAGGCCCGCUUGGCUAAUUGCCACCGCCAAUUUGAUGGUGGUUGUGCACGUGAUCGGGAGCUAUCAGGUUUAUGCAAUGCCGGUAUUUGACAUACUUGAGAGAAGCAUAGUGAAGAGAACGAGCAUUUCGAAUGGACCCGUGCUUAGGCUUAUCGUUCGCUCCGGUUAUGUUGCCUUCACACUGUUUGUUGGUGUGACUUUCCCUUUCUUUGGCGAUCUUCUGGGUUUCUUUGGUGGUUUUGGCUUUGCUCCAACUUCCUAUUUUCUGCCUAGCAUAAUAUGGCUGAAAAUCAAGAAACCACAGAGAUUGAGCCUGUCAUGGUUUAUCAAUUGGGGAUGUAUAAUUAUUGGAGUUUUCAUCAUGUUUGCAUCAACAAUUGGCGGGCUGCGAAAUAUUGCAGCGGACUCCUCAUCUUAUGAAUUUUACUCUUAAAAAAUUGCUUUAAUUUGCUUAUAAUUUAUUGUAUAAGCUUGAGAAUAAUAGUGUUCAAAUGAUCAUUAUGAUGGAAUUAUUGAGAGUGUUGAUUUUUUAGUCUUUUGUGAUUUUAAACCAUUUGAUGAUAAAAAAUUACGUGGAGGCCACAAGGAUUUGAAUUGUGUCUAAUUAAUUUCUAGGUGAAACGUAGUUUCAGAAAAUAAGGUGAUGGAAUGACGUGAUGAAGAAAUUGACUAUUACUUUCGGAUUUUUCUAUAAAACUUAUUACAGUCUGUAUCUUAAAUA